AUCUAUGGAAGUGAAAGGUGCUCCGGGAGUGGGGAGCUACGGAUUUCAGGGAUAUGCCGUGGGAGUCCCAGGCAAUCUUGCAGGGCCACCCGCCCAGAAUCAGCCUCCUGGGGCCGGGGGGGCAAUCUGGAUGCCUGCCCCUCCUCCUCCUCUCUACUGCCCCCCUGGACUGGAAUACCUCACCCAGAUUGACCAGCUAUUAAUUCAUCAGCAGAUUGAACUUCUUGAGAUUAUUACUGGCUUUGAAACAAACAACAAAUACGAAAUCAAGAACACGUUGGGGCAAAGGGUUUACUUCGCAGCAGAGGACACUGACUGCUGCACCAGGAUUUGUUGCGGGCCGUCACGACCUUUCAGCAUUCACGUUAUUGAUAAUCUGGGCCACGAGGUGAUAUCUUUGCAGAGACCUCUCAGGUGUUCUUCAUGCUGUUUCCCUUGCUGCUUACAGGAGCUGGAAGUUCAGGCCCCUCCAGGAACACCAGUGGGUUAUGUUGUCCAGAACUGGCAUCCCUGCCUGCCUAAGUUUACCAUUCAAGAUGAGAAAAGGAUGGAUAUACUGAAAAUCAUUGGCCCGUGUGUUGUCUGCAGCUGUUGUGAGGAUAUUAAUUUUGAGGUGAAGUCCAUUGAUGAAACUUGUACUGUUGGGAGGAUUUCUAAGCAGUGGACUGGAUUUGUGAGAGAAGCAUUUACAGAUGCAGAUAAUUUUGGUAUCACGUUCCCAAUGGACCUUGAUGUAAAAAUGAAAGCUGUCAUGAUGGGUGCUUGCUUCCUUAUCGAUUUCAUGUUUUUCGAACACGGUACAGAUAACAAACAGCGAGCAGGAGUGUGGCAGUGAAAUCCAGAACUUUUUGUUUAAAAAGACGAUGCCGAAAAGUGGCUCAACUUUCCCGUGGAUUACAAAGCUGCAGUGAGAACGUGAGAAAUGUAGAUCUUGUUCUGGAAGCUGUAUUUAACAGCUGUAUAGUCUAGCUUCUAUUUUUGUAAUUUUAUGAAAUUAUUUGCAAUAUCUGAAU